AUGUUUGCAUUAGGCGUCAUCGAUUGUUUAUGUAUUAUCUUAGCGUAUUUCUAUACGGGAUAUUGGUAUAUGAUUGGCUAUGAGUAUUGUAUGUAUCCGUACACAAGCUAUUGGGUGGGGAAUCUGAACACUGUCGUGAUUAACACGUGCUUUAUGCUAAGCAUGUUGCUUGCCUUCAAUCGUUUCCUCGAUAUGUGGAAGCCAGAAAUCGGGGAAAGGCUUUUCAAGGCGAAUCGAACAUGGAUUUUCGUCUUUGCGGCGGUUCUAUUUGGAGUAUUUGGCGCUUACUACUCGAUACCAGCAUUCUUCAGUACUGACUUUGGGACUUUUAUCUAUCAUCCGCUCAUCCCGGGAAAAGAGAAUCUAAAGUACUACACGAUUUUCCAACCGAUUAUCAACAUGUUCACGGGCGUUUCGAUUUGCCUUUGCUAUUCCUCGAUCUGUAUAGUUUAUUGGAUGAGACUGAGACACGGAAAUCUGCAAACACAAACGGAUUUUCAGAAACGAAUUCUCAUUCAAGCUGUUCUCAUCUGUUUUCCCACUUUCACGGUGACCUGUAUGUGGACCUCAUUCAACUUCAUCACUCCAACGAGUUUCCUCAUGAAUGUCGCGCAUUUGAAUUGGCAACUUAUGCAUGCAGUACCGGCUUUUGUUUAUCUCUUCGUCAACAAAACGAUUCGCAGACGAGCGUUUGUCAUGAUAUUUGCCUGUAUUGGUGUUACUCCUGGCAACUCAUAUCAUACGAAUAGCAAAGUCGAUUCCACUCCAUCCAAAAGCAUUGAACUGCAAAGUCCAAACGAAGAUCCUCAUCAAAAUCCAAGAGAU